AUAUAAAAAAAAGAAGGAAAGAAGGGAGCAUAUCUUUGAUUGAGGGGUCCGUCUUCCCCCUCCAAACGCGGCAUCCAUCCCACCAUACCACUCACUUUUCAUUUCAAUUCAUUCCCCAAACCCUCCCUUCUCUCUCCGAUUCACCUUAUCAUUAUCAUCUUCAAUCCCUCACCGUUCGAUAGAUCAUGCUGCGUUUGUGCUUCACCCCUCUCGAUUAUUGCUUCCGACGUCGCGGUGCCUCCGAUUUUCUUCUCUGGCACACCGACUUGAAACCUCACGCCUCCGGUGAUUUCUCCAUCGCUGUUGCUCAGGCUAAUUACAGCCUUGAAGAUCAGAGUCAAGUAUUUACCUCCCCUUCUGCCACCUACGUCGGUGUCUACGACGGACACGGUGGUCCCGAAGCUUCUAGAUUUGUCAACAACCGUCUAUUCCCCUAUUUACACAAGUUUGCUUCUGAGCAAGGGGGAUUGUCAGUGGAUGUGAUAAAAAAGGCGUUUAGUGCAACUGAAGAGGACUUCUUGCAUUUGGUUAAGUUAUCGUUACCCGUUAGUCCCCAGAUUGCAUCUGUGGGAUCGUGUUGUCUUCUUGGUGCAAUUUCUAAUAAUGUGUUGUAUGUUGCCAACCUCGGAGACUCCAGAGUUGUUCUUGGCAGGAAGUAUUCUGAGAGCAAGAAUUGUCCGGUGGAGGCUGUGCGCUUGUCAACAGAUCAUAAUGUAGCCGAUGAGGAGGUCAGGAGAGAAGUUGAAGCUCUACAUCCUGACGAUUCACACAUAGUGGUUUAUAGCCGUGGAGUUUGGAGGAUUAAGGGAAUCAUACAGGUGUCUAGAUCUAUUGGUGAUGUGUAUUUGAAGAGACCAGACUUCUACAGAGACCCCAUUUUUCGGCAAUUCGGAAAUCCUAUUCCUUUGAAGCGUCCUGUAAUGACAGCCGAACCAUCAAUCAUUAUUAGAGAGCUUGAAUCAGACGAUUUAUUCUUAAUAUUCGCUUCAGAUGGCCUUUGGGAACAAUUAAGUGACGAAACAGCAGUUGAUAUUGUUUUCAAAUAUCCAAGAGCUGGAAUUGCCAAGAGACUAGUAAGAGCUGCUCUUCAGGAAGCUGCAAAGAAGAGAGAGAUGAGAUAUGCUGAUAUAAAGAAAAUUGACAAAGGAAUUAGACGACACUUCCAUGAUGAUAUUACUGUUGUUGUAAUCUAUCUUGAUCACCAUGAAGGUUCUUCUAGUGGUAGAUUUAAGCAAACUGCUGUUACAACUGCCCCUAUUGAUAUAUUUUCCCUAAAUGGUGAUGAAGCAGAGAAGAGUAUGCUCGGUUCUGUUGCUUAAAUAGUGAAAAUGCUUCAAUGGAUCGUACACUGACCUUAUUUGGGAUGAAAUUAUUCAUAAGUAGAUGAAUAUUGUUUGGUAAAAUGAAAGGAAAUUUUCAAGUAUAAAGUGCAAAUUAGAAGUUACUACCGCAUAGAUAGUGACCACAAGUUGCUGACAUAUUCUUGGUGCAGAUUAGCAUAUGUAUAGUUGUGAAAUUUUUAUUUUUGGGUUUUGAUGAGAUAGUAUCAAUUUUGUUUAUUUGGAAAGAAAAUAAAAUUGUAUUUAUUGGUUACUCCUUUAUAUGGAUCUAUCGAUAAUGUUGGUGAAUUAUUAGAGGUACGAGGUAAGCGAUAUGUUUCGCCCGCCAACAAAAAAUGCUGUCUUGGCAGGUGGAUAUUUUUGCUAAGCACAGUGGUGUAUUGAUUACUACAUUUACAACUACAACAUGAAAUUGCAGACAAAAUCCUUAAUUGUGCCUUAUCCCGUAGAAAAUGUGACAGGAAUGUGAUCAAGCGGUGGAGCAGUAUGCUUUUAUUUAUCAGAAUCAGAUGCAUUGAUUUCUUGA